AUAUUUAUAUACUACUGAAUUUGAUCCUGAAAAAUUGAAUGGCGCCAACAUAUUAAUGCUCAUUGUAGCUGCAAACAAGAUGGAUCUCGAUGUAAUUAUCAAUUACCUAUUAUUACCUACUAAUUUUGCUGAAUCAACUUUAAGAAAGCUGAAUGGCGGUGAUGUUUUAAAACUUUUGAUGAUUAAUGAAUUAAAAAUUCAAAAUGCUAUUAAUGAUAUAUUAUCUGAAAAUGACAUUGCACGGGCCAUCUUAGAAAAAUUGAAUGGUGCUCAAGUAUUAGAAAUCAUAGAAAAGACUGAGGA